AUGACGCAACCGCAAACACCUCCCCAUACCGUCGAUAAAAAUGGUGUGAUUCCAACACUACCUACAAACGCCCAAGAAAAUACUGAAAGUCAAGACACCUCAAAUCAAAAUAUGGAUGUUGAAAUGAAUGUAAAGGCGAGUAUAAUUGCAAAAGCUUGGCGAAAUCAUAGAGAAAAACAAGGCAAAGUAUUAUCUUCCGAAUCUCGUGAUAAACUUCAUUCUGACAAAAAAGCUUGCUUGCAUUUGCUCGAUGAUGGUUCAUGCCCAGUAUGGAAUAAAUGGGAGGAACUACUAAAUACCGUUGAAAGCCAAAUGCAUCGGAAAGAUUCAAAAAUGGCAUUUGCAGUCAAUGUUGUUGAGCGCAUUGGAAAAGGCUCAUGUAAAGUUAAAGAUCAUAUGUGGCUUGUAUUGGAUACAGAGCACUGGUUAGAGAUCUGUGACGACAAACAUAGAUAUGGAGCAAAUUUAAAGAUUUAUCAUGAUUAUUGGUUAAAAACUUCAACACCUGAAAGUUUUUUCAUUUGGCUAGACGAAGGCGGAGGCAAAAAUUUGGAUCUUAAAGCUCGUCCACGUUGUAAGCUCGAAAGUGAGAGAGUAAAAUAUCUUUCAAAAAUAGAGCGUGCUGAUUUUGAAGUUACAUUCAAAGACGGAUUAUUAAUAUAUAAGAAAAGCGGAAAUCCAGUUCACACAAAUUCAACAGAUGCACCAGAAGAUGACGCGCUGAACACAUCAACAGAUCUCGAUGUAGAUCUCGAUGUAAGUCGAGAUCCUUCGCCCGCACCUAGCAUUAAUGACGCUGAUGAUGACGAGAAUGUUUCAUCAACCCUUCGUCGACGUCCGUCAGGAAAACGUGAAAAAUGGAUCUAUGUUACGGACUGUCAUGGGAAUUUUUAUGUGGGCCAAAAAAAGAAAGGACAUUUUCAUCAUUCAUCUUUUUUAGCUGGAGGCGCAAUUGCUGCUGCUGGUGGAAUCAAAGCUCAACAUGGAAAAUUAAUGGAGCUUAAUCCAAAAUCCGGCCAUUAUAAGCCUUCUCAAAUUCAUUUCAGCGCUAUUGUCAAUCGAUUGAAAGACGAAAAUGUUGAUUUGAGUAAUGCAAAGUUGACUUAUCCAAACGAUAUGAUGGAGAAACAUCUAAUUGCCAAAUAUAAAGUCAAGCGGUUUGCUGACCUGGCAUUAGUUUAUCAUCAAUUUGUACAUGAUGCCAGUAAUAUGAUCAACAGGGAAAUUGAUUAUGUAGAUCGUCACGUUACAAAAUUUUCGAGUACGUUCAGAAAAAAUGUGAAAUCCUUAACUCAUGAAGCAAAAGUAUCUUUGCGAGAAUUGUUUAAUAAAAAGCUUGAUAAUGAUAAGGAUGAUCAAAUUGAGGUUCAGGCGUUGAAUACAAACGAUGGGGAUUCCUGUAAAAGUGGCAACAUUACCAAUGAAUUGCCUGAAGGCAAAAUUGAAUCUAACAUAAUCGAAGAAGAUUCUAAAGUGAAUCAAAAGCGAAAAUCCCACGGGAUCUUUCACGAGUUCCGCAGAAGUAUUUCAUCAAGCAUCUCAUCACUUUCAUCAAUAAUUUUUGGACAAGAUAAUAAGACAGACAAUGACUCGAGUACAGGAAGUAGGCGCUCAUCAUUUAGAGAUAGUGGAGAUUAUCAGCACCAGAAAUCACGCUUUAUGAAUUUAAAAUUAGGACAUAGUAAAGAUGGUGAAAAUCCUACCAAAUGA